UUUACGGACUUUCAGGAACCAACACACGCCUUGAAGCGAGCUUUCAUUUACCAACGCACCUUCCGCUCGACACAAGCUUAGGAGUCAUAAAUAACAUCAGUAGUUUGUAGUAAGCAAAUAUAUACAGUAUUAAAACGGAUUUGGGAGAUAUUUUUAUUUAGUUGUUUGUUUCUUUCUGUCUGCGAGGUGAGAUGGAGAACUGCAGCGCUGUACUAAAACUUCUGCUUAUCAUCACAUGUGUUCAUCUUUCAUCAUCAGGAAGACACUCUCUGCAGUACCUCUACACCGCCGCUGGGCGUUUCAUUGCUGUUAGUCUGGUGGAUGAAGAGCAGGUUGUGUCCUAUGACAGCAAAAUCGGUAAGAUGAUCCCACGGACGGAGUGGAUGAAGAAGAUUGAAGAUGAUGAUCCACUUUACUGGAAGAGUGAAACACAGCAUAUGACGGACCAGCAUGAAAGGAUCCGAGUCUUUGUGCAUCGAGCAAAGCAGAUAUUUAAUCACACUAAAGAUCAUAUUGUACUGAAGAUGUACGGCUGUGAGCUCGAUGAUGAUAACACCACUGGAGGAUACGAUCAGUACAGUUAUGAUGGAGAAGACUUUAUUAAUCUGAACCUGACAACUGGAACCUGGACUGCAGAUAAUGAUAAAGCUAAGAGUUUUAUAAACGACUGGGAUCCUAAAGGCACAGAGGCUAAACACUGGAAGGAUUUCCUGGAGACUAACUGUAUUGAUCAGUUAAAGAAGUUUGUGUCUCAGGGCAGGGAGUCUCUUGAGAGGAAAGUUGUUCCUGAGGUGUCUGUGUUACAUAAACACUAUCCUUCUCCAGAGGUGGUGUGUCACGCUACAGGUUUCUUCCCCAAAGCACUAAACAUCACCUGGCAGAAGGACGGAGAGGACGUUCAUGAGGACGUGGAGCUCAGAGAGACGUUACCCAACCAGGAUGAAAGCUUCCAGAAGAGAAUCAUUCUGAAAGUCCCAGCUGAGGAGCUGCAGAAACACACCUACACCUGCGUGGUUCAGCACAGCAGCUUGGAGAAGGAGUUAGUGCGAGAAGUACCAAAAGGUGGAAGAUCAGCUGGAGUAAGGAUUGCUAUCAUCACUCCUGUAGUCGCGGCUCUCAUCGGUCUCUUUGCUGGAAUUGUGGUCUGGAAGAAUAAGAACUCUGGUGAGAGGAGGAAGGAGGCAGAUGUGAAGUUUUCAGAGAACAGAUUUACACUUUCUAAUUCCUGAAAGGGGAUUUGAUGAAUAUUUUGCUUCUGUUUAAGUUGAACUGAUAAAUUAGACGAGACAAUAAGCUGAUAUUGACUAAA